AUGGAUGCCGUUCUAAAUAAGGCUGACCGGCUCGAGGCGCUCCUUGACAAGGACGGAUUCAAAUCCUGGGGCUUUGUGAUCUAUCGGUGCACGUACCAAAACAACUCUGACUGGGAGAAAUUUAUGGCUCGCUUCCUAGGCGCUGUCCCGGAUUACCUUGAGUUUUACAGUGGCCUUGAUCUCCUCGACACAUUUGCCCCAACAGUCUUGGAAGACCCCUCCUUCGAGGGCGCGACAGUUGCUACUCUACGCGAGCACUUCAAUCAGUGGGCUAAGGCCUCAUUAAAAGAGGAACAGGGUGUUGCUGAAGACUACCAUGCAUGUACCGGCCGAUACCGUGCCCCCGAGGAUGAUGAUGAAACAGGAUUUGUUCGCAUGGUCUAUGCUGAAUGGAAACCAGAGGUACUUGAUGAAGAGGACAUCGCGAAUGGCGAUGUACCUAAGCCGGAGGAGCCCGUUGAGGGGUGUACUGAGAAUGAUAUUCGCGUGCUGACUGAUUUGAGGAACUCAUUAUAUACACGAAUAUCCUGGGCUAUAAAACAGAAGGAGUGUAUAGCAAGACUAGAUAAAAAGGCUGGAGCAUUCAGACUGGAGGAAAGUGGCCGUAGUACCCUCGGAAGCUGGCUCGGAGGCCGGCUCCUUGGUCAGUUGUAUGACUUCCUUCACAACUAUCCAGUCAUCGGAAGUACCCUUGCAGAGCAUCGGCUAAAUACUGUGGUGAAGUUUCUCGUGUUUUCCCCAGCUACCUCUACCUUUUACAAGAACAUCCUGAUUUAA